AUGCAGGAUGGCGGUACCAUCGAUGGAGGCCAAGUCGGUGGCGGCAAGAAAGGCGGCGAGAUGGAAGUUGACUUCAACUCGUCCGCGUUUGAGGCGCUCGAGCGCGACUUCCAGGAAGUGCUCUCAGAGUUAGUAGGGGACAAGAGCCUCGAGCGCUUCAGGCUAGAGUACGAAAAACUCCAUCGAGCGCUCAAGAAGUCGCACGAGCAAGAGAAGCGGCUCAUCAAGAAAUGUCGCGAGCUAAAUGGGGAGAUCGUCAACAACGCAGCAAAGGUUCAGACAGCCCUCAAGCUCUCGCAGGAGGACCAGGCCACCAUCGGGUCUCUCCGGAAAGAAAUAGAGAAAGCCUGGACUAUGGUGGACGUCGCUCACGAAAAAGAAGUUCGAGCAAAGGACACAAUCAACCAGCUGAAGGAGGAAAUCUCAAACCUGAGCAAACUCGUGGAGAAGGGUGCGGGCCUGAGCGUUGGGCAGGAAAACAUGGUGAAGGAGCUCAUCAGGGUCAGGGACGACCUCACCCGGAAGACCGACGAACAAGGCCAAACAAUAGCGAUUUACGAGACACAGCUGAACGAGUUGAGCAACCAGACACAGUCGCUGUCGGCGGACGUCGGUGCCAAGGAUGCCUUGCUGCAUGAAGCUCGAGACAUCAUCAAUAGCAAGGACAACGAGAUCUCGCGAGAGCAGCGCCGGAGGCAGAGGACGGACAAAGAGCUGCGCGAUGUGCGCUCGAAGCUGGACCUCAAAACUGCCGAGCACGAACAGAUGAGCGCGGAGCUGGCCACCGCCCAGGGAUCCGGCCAGACUCUCGACAAGCAGCUCAGCGAGGCUCGAGCCACGAUGGAAAAGUACUUGCGAGACUACGACACGCUCUUCAACCGCACGCAAAAGCUCACCGAAGACCUGGAGGAUCAGAUGUACAAAAACAGCCAGCUUAGCCUGGAGAACAUCAACGCCGACAAGGAAAUAAAGACGAAGGACAACGAGAUCGCGCGACAUCUCACCGAGCUGGGCCAGUGGGAGCGCAAGAUGGAAAGAGAGAAGAACGUCACCGAGAGGUACCGGAGGAUGCUCGAGGAGAGCAAAACCCCGCUCGCCAUCGCGCAGACGAGCAUCCAGAGCCUGGAAAAAGAAAUGAGCGUGCUGCGGAAGCGAGAGGAGUUGGCGCGGAAAGAGGCGGACACGUCGUCCAGGGAGAAGGGGCUGCAGUUGCAGGCUACGCAGAAGGCGGAAGAUCGCAUGAAGAUCACGGAGGAUCUGGUCAAGGAGAGGGAGAUGAUCAUCUCUUCGCUAGAGGCAGAGCUCACCUCCUACAAGAACGAGGUGUCGCGGCAGCGGAAAGACGUGUUCCGGCUGGAGCAAGAGAGGGAGAAGCUGGGAAGCGAGCUCAGUGAGGCGCAGAACAUCUACAUGCAAUCUCUGGAGGACGUCAAGCUCCGUCAGAUGCGCAUCAACGAGCUCGGCAACAAGAUCAGCGACUGGGAGGUGAAGCUGAAGCAGCAGCAGCAGCUCUACGAGAGCGUGAGGAGCGACCGCAACCUGUACAGUAAGAACCUCAUCGAGGCGCAGGAUGAGAUUGCGGAGAUGAAGCGCAAGCUCAAGAUCAUGAACCACCAGAUAGAGCAGCUUAAGGAAGACAUCACCGCCAAGGACCACGCCUUGGUGAAAGAGCAUUUCGACCACCAGAAGGCCGAGACGCAAAGGGAGCAGAUGCGCAACGAGAUCGACCGCAUGAAGCGCCUCCUGGAGAACAAUGAUACCGUCGUGCACAAGCAGGAUGCCGAAGUGCGGCGGCUAGCGGGGAUGUUGAGCAAAAUGGACGAGGAUGCGCUCAAGCAAAGGAAAGAGUAUGAUCAGGUCAUAAACGAACGGGACAUUCUGGGAACGCAGCUCAUUCGCCGCAACGACGAGCUGGCCCUCCUCUACGAGAAGCUCAAGAUUCAGCAGAGCACCCUAAAGAAGGGCGAGGCAGGCUACAGCAUGCGUUUGAUGGACAUUCGCACUCUAAAGCUCAAGUGCGGGGACCUGAUGCGGGACCUCGCCAUAGCUCGCGGCUCGAGCAACCAGAUGGAGGAGUUGCGUAGGGAGGUCUUUCAGCUGCAGAGGGAUCUGCUGCAGGAGAAAGCCAAGGUAAAGGCAUUGAGCGAGGAGCUGGAGAACCCCAUGAACGUGCACCGCUGGCGGAAGCUCGAGGGGAGCGACCCGACGACGUUCGAGAUGAUCCAAAAGAUUCACACGCUACAGAAACGCCUCAUCUCCAAGACGGAAGAGACCGACGAAUUCGCAUGUCCCGACCCCCCUCCUUCUGGCAACAAACGCCACAGAAGGGACAAGGUGGUGGAAAGAGAUUUGUUGCUGCAGGAGAAGGAGAAGUUGUACAAGGAGAUGAAGGACAUCCUCGCACGACAGCCCGGGCCCGAGGUCGCGGAGCAGCUGUCGGUGUAUCAGGCCAGCCUCAAGGAGAAGACGAGGCAGAUGAAAGCGAUGGCCUCGGAGCUCAACAUGUACCAGGCACAGGUGAACGAGUACAAGUACGAGAUGGAGCGAAUCACCCGCGAGCUGCAAGACGCCAAGCGCAAGCACUACGAACACAAGCGCCGGGAGCAGAUGUUGAGGGAGAUGCAGGACGAGCAGCGGGCGAUGAACAACAACCCGGCGGAGAUGCAGGCGCAAGCACACGCCUCCGCGGUAAAACGCUUCACAGGGGGGGGCUUCGCUGUAAAUUGA